AUGUCCGGUGAUUCGAGUGAAUUGAAGGCGAGCUUUGACAAGGCAGCGGAAGAUGUGAAAAACCUUGAUAAACGCCCUUCCGAUGAUGACCUGAAGACGAUUUAUGGCCUUUUCAAACAGGCAACCGUCGGCGAUUGCAACACCUCCAAGCCGGGAUUGUUGGACUUCAAGGGAAAAGCCAAAUGGGAGUCCUGGAACGCGUUGAAGGGACUGUCAGCUGAAGAAGCGAUGACGAAGUACGUCGAAAAAGUCACUCAACUGGUCUCUUCUCAGAAAGCUUGA